AAGCUGUGGCUUCACAGCACUCACACAAGUCAGCAGUGACCCCAAAGGCACCAUGGCGGCCUUGGGCAUCACAGUUGCCCUGUUGGUGUGGAUGGCCACACUAAUGCUUAUAUCUAUCUGGAAACAGAUCUACAGCAGCUGGAAACUGCCCCCAGGCCCCUUUCCACUGCCCAUUAUUGGGAAUCUUCUUCAGUUAGAUAUGAAGAAUGUUCCAAAGUCUUUCGCCAAGCUCGCAGAGCGGUACGGGCCGGUAUUCACCUUGUACCUGGGCUCCCAGCGCACUGUGGUCCUGUACGGCUACAAGGCGGUGAAGGAAGCUCUGCUUGACCACAAGAAUGACCUUUCCGGCAGAGGAGAAAUAUUCGCAUUCCAGAUGCACAAAGACAGAGGGAUUACUUUCAACAACGGGCCAGGCUGGAAGGACACCCGGAGACUCUCCCUGACGGUGCUCCGGGACUUCGGCAUGGGGAAGCGCGGCAACGAGGAGCGGAUCCAGAGGGAGAUCCCCUUCCUGCUGGGGGCGCUCAGGGGCACCCGGGGCCAGCCCUUCGACCCCACCUUUCUGCUGGGCUUUGCCCCCUGCAACGUCAUCGCUGACAUCCUCUUCCGUAAGCACUUCGACUACACGGACGAGACGGGUCUGAGGAUCCAGAGGCUCUUCAACGAGAACUUCAGGCUGCUCAGCACCGGCUGGCUCCAACUUUAUAACAUUUUCCCAAGCUAUCUGCACUACCUGCCUGGAAGCCAUUGGAAACUGUUAAGAAACGUGUCUGAAAUCAAAGACUACACUUCGGCAAGAGUGAGGGAACACCAGCGGUCGCUGGACGCCGGCUGCCCCCGGGACUUCACGGACUGCCUGCUCCUGGAGCUACAGAAGGAAAGAUACAGUUCGGAGCCCUGGUUCACCCUGGACAAUAUCGCUGUGACUGUGGCUGACCUGUUCUUUGCGGGCACAGAGACCACCAGCACCACUCUGAGAUAUGGGCUCCUGGUUCUCAUGAAAUAUCCAGAGGUCGAAGAGAAACUCCAUGAAGAAAUCGACAGGGUGAUCGGGCCAAGCCGCAUCCCUGCCAUCAAGGACAGGCUGGAGAUGCCCUACAUGGACGCCGUGGUACAUGAGAUUCAGCGGUUCAUCGACCUCCUGCCCUCCAACCUGCCCCACGAAGCAAACCGGGACACGCUGUUCAGAGGUUACAUCAUCCCCAAGGGCACGGUUGUAAUUCCGACCCUGGACUCCCUCUUGUUUGACAAGCAAGAAUUCCCUGAUCCAGAGACGUUUAAGCCAGAGCACUUUCUGAACGAAAACGGGAAGUUCAAAUAUAGUGACUAUUUUAAAGCAUUUUCCGCAGGAAAGCGGGUGUGUGUUGGAGAAGGCCUGGCUCGCAUGGAAUUGUUCCUGUUCUUGACCGCUAUUCUGCAACACUUUAACCUGAAGUCUCUUGUUGACCCCAAGGAUAUUGACCUCAGUCCUGUCGCAAUCGGGUUUGCCAAGAUCCCACCCCAUUACAAACUCUGUCUCACUCCCCGCUCAGGCUGAACACCACCCCCACCCCCGCCCCAGGCUCUUUGGGGCAAACCUGGAGUUAACCCAGGCCCCCACACCCUCUCGGCCCCUCCAGGAAGGCCCUUUCUGCAGAGUCUCAGUGAAAGCAGUCGGCUUCACAGAGAAUAAAUUGGGCUAGAGAUGCUGCUUUCCACAGUUAUGUGCAUCAGAUGAAAUUUCGCAGCAAAGUCCAAAAAAGAAUGUAUAAAGCUAAUUAAACAAAUUGAAACAAA